UUCGUCCAAUCAGAUUUGUCACGUGACUGUAGGCGCUAAAAUCAAAACAAAAAUAAAGAAGGUUGUCAUUACGUGAAAAUGGAAAAAACAAAAGCAGAACUAUAUUUAGAAAAAGUACAAAAAUGGAAAGAGCAGAAAAUGAAAGAUAAGGAAGAUAGGCUGAAGAAUAAACAAAAGCCAAGUAAACAAACUGCAGCAGUAGCUGUGAAGCCAGUCGGUGUUAAGCCAGCGAUUAAACCUGUGAAAAGUGUUGCCGCAGCUGUUCCAAAAACGACUAUAGGCAAAAGCAGUCAGCAUUGCACAGGUUCAAAACAAGUUAAAAUUGGUGUAUCUGGUGUUAAGUCAGCACCAAAAGUGUUAAGCAAGCCCACAGGAAAAGUUGAGAAGAAAAGAAAAUCUGCUGAAACCAAGGAGCUUAUUGAAAGGUUAAAUAAAUGGCGUGAAGAAAAGAAAAGUGAAAAGAAACAAAUACAGAAAAAUGUAAUCCCAAAGGCAACAACAAAACCCACUUACAAGGAAGUGAGGUCAAGGCUGUUUGAUUAUCAGUCAAAGCCAAAACAACAUGUCAGUCAAAAGGACAAAGAAAAUGUGUUUAUCUCGAGUGGAAAAACUGACACUGUCCCAAGAGCAAAUGCAAGGAAAACAGAAGUUUCUAAAGCAGGUGUCAGAAGACGCCAUUCUGAUGUACAGAAGGUCAAACCACGUUCAAAACCAGUAGGAAUUCUUAAAAGAAAGUCCUGCAUUGGAUCAUUUGAUUUAACCGGUGGUGACUCUGAUAAGUCAGCAGCUAAAAGAAGACGUGUUUCAGGUGCAUUAAACACAGAACAGGAUGAAACCACCAAAGGAAAUUAUGUAGAGAAAAAUAAUGAACCAAACAAUGACAAUAACAAUUUUUUGAGUGGACAAGUGUCUACAGCUGCUGUAACCCCUGGAGUUUCUACACGCAAUGUAAGAUUUUCAACACCACCAAAUGAUCACUCACACGUUGAUGGAAGGAGACUGAGAAAAACUCCAAAAACACCAGCAACAAGAAGUGCAGAGCUCAGUGACUGGCUGAAAGCAAAAGGAAGAACACCAAGCAAAUUCCGUCACCUGAUGUGCUUCCAUGGUGAAAAGGCAGAAGAAAAGUCACAAGAUCCACACACUAAAAACACAUUGUCUGUUGAAGAAUUAAGUGAACAGAUGGAUGUUCUAGAACAGGAGCGUCUCCAGGCAGAGGCUGUGGACAAGAUGAAUUCAAUGCUAGACGAGUGCAUGCUGCUCUUUGAUGCCGGUUGUCCUACAGAAAGUAUUGUUCCAUGGCUUGAUGACAUCUACAAACAGGUACCAUGUUCACAUACCUCGGCACGAUUUUACAUAUGUAAAGCCAAGGUGAUCAAAUCCAGUCUUGAUCUUGACGCUGUAUUGGAAAUAUUUGCACAAGCAACCAUCAAUAAUGCACAGCCAAAAGAAGGACUUGCAAAAUGUCAAACAGAGACAUUGAAAUAUGUGAUAGAGGAGAAGGUGAGACAGGCAAAGCGAAGAUGUUAUACCCCACGUCGGUCUGAAGUCCAGGAGGAAAAUGUGUUUGAAUCAUCCGCUGUUGUGUACACAGUAUCAAAUGUUACUCCAUUUAGCGAAGGAAAGCGGUCCUCAAGUAAGAAAACAUCUACACCCGGUCAGUGUCAGGUAAUCACUCCCGUACGUAGAUCUACGAGACGAAGUCUGCAGAAUCUCCCAGAAUCACUUAAAGACAAGAAAAAGAGUUAUUCAAGUCUGGAUGAUGUUAAAGGUGACGAUGUAUUGUUUCAGCCCAACCUGGCAUUAGACUCUGCACUUGCAGCAGUGGAGGAGUCGUAAAUGUACAUGGUGUUCUAUAAAUAGUAAUUCACAAGAAAAAUGUAAAUUGAAACAUGAAGCCAUGGACUGUAUCUGGAAUUCUAACAGCUUUUCUUAAAAUAUGAAAUUAGUGUUGUAUUUGAAAAUGUCUGAACAUGGAUUGAAGAGUCAUGCAAUGAGAGUUGGAAAAUGUGGAAAACAUUGCAUAUGACAUUUUUGAAAAAUAUCAGUAAUCGAUAAUGUCAUAGCAUUAGCAGAGAAUUCACCAAUAUAACAGGAAAUUGGUGGAAAUAAACUUUAAGAUUUUACAGCUGAAAUAUGAUUGCAAAGGGAAAUAAAUCUUUGUUCAAAUGACAUGAAAUAUGUAGAGUAAUGAUGUGAGUUUGAAAUGUUGAUAUUAUCUAGUGAUAAUCUGAAACAGGUUUAUAGGAGUUUAGUGGAAUUACACUGCUUUUUUUACCUAAUGUUGCCCAUUCAAAUUUUUGUUGUUUUUCUUUUAUGGGCCUGCCUUCAGUUGAACAUCAAAACUUAAAAAAAUGAGGGGUUGGAGCAUACAUUAAACAACAAAAGUUAUAAAUCAGUCUUAUUAAAAUUGAUAUUUUCUUAGUAUUGUAAAGAAUACAUAUUUUGCAUUAUAUUUCUAUUGAGUGAUGAAAGCUUUUAGGAGAUUUACUCUGUAUAGUCAGUGCAACCAACGUAAGGUAACAUCACAGGGAGGUCUGAAAUUUAUUUGAUGCACUGAGUUUGUUGCUAUACUGACUACACUUCAUUGAAUUACCUUACUUUUUGGUUAAAAUUAUUAACAAAUGAAGGUUGAUCCAAAAGUAAUGUUACCAUAGCCAUAAAAAAGCAGCAAAAAUCCUACUUGAGUACCUUGAUCUAUUUGGAAUAUUUUUGAAAAUAUAAAAAUUUAUUGCUUUCUUAUCGAAAUAUUGACAUGUACAGAAAGUAUGGUAAUGAUGAUCACGGCACAUUAUUGAAGUUAGCAGUUCAGGUUUUUGUCACUAAGCAAUAAAAAGUCUUACCACUAUACAGCUUACUUUAAUCUGCAAGGCUCCACUAUAGUUUUAACCAUUGACUGCUGAAAGAUGUAACUUUACAUCAUAAUAAUGUGAUAUGAUAAAGUGUGUUAUUUUGAUAUCAGUUAACAGUUGUCUUUAAUUUUAUUUAUUUUUUCUGUUUGUGAAAGAAACUCUAUUUUUGUGUGCGACGAAAUAUCUACAGGGAUGAACUUAGAAGUUGUAUGAUUUUACGAAUGAAAUAACCCUGGAAAAUAAUGUUUACCUGAAUUAGCGUUCAUUUUGGUACAACUUGUAUGAUAAUAUAAUGAUGAAUAAAUGCAUGCUGGACACAGUGACAUUACUUCUGGAUCAACCCUUGUAAAUACAGUUGCCUCUUUAGUGGGAGUUAAUAGCAAUAAUAAAAAUUCUUUGUCACUUUUUAGACAUAGAAUACCACUGAUGAUUGACACCAAUUUUUGUUUUAAAAAUAAACGUAUCAAAGUAUGAAACCAGAAAAGAAAUUACCUGUUUGUGAAGUGCAAUGAUCACCCUUUUAUUAGUAGGUAAGACAAAGUUUGAAUUUCCUAGAGGGAAGCUGUUUGAUUAAUAGCAUGUUAUGUAUUAGGGUUCCAUUAUCAUAAAAUACCAUAGGAAAUUUCACAUCAUUUUUUUAUGUUUUUUUGCAUAAGCAGCCUUACAAUUCAACCACACUUUACUCUGUACUUAUUGAUUUCUUUGGAGAAACAGCAAGACUUGCCCUACAUUUCACUAGAUAAAGAAUUGUAAGAUCAUGCACCCUGUCCCCUCCCCCAACAAAUAGUUUUUCCUCAUUUUUAAUUUUCCAUCAAUAUCAUCAACAUGUGAAGUUUUGUACCUUCACCCAGUCACCCCCCCCCCCCCCCCCCUCCCCCUAUCAGCAUGUGAAGUUGUAACCCCCACCCACCACCCACGCUGUCUUAAGGACAUCUGUUCUUUUAAGUUCAAAUGUAAUGAAAUCAUUUGCUUCUUUGUAAUAUCCUUAACCUUUUGCGUGUUAUAUUUCUUUGCCAUUCCUCACCACAAACCCAUUUGGCAGGCGAUACCAAUUCAUCGAAUUUGCUUGUUCUGUACAGUUACAUAAAUAGAAUUCUGCAUGCAAGUUUACAUGUAUUUAUUUUCAUUUUAUUUAUUUGAUACUGCUUGAAUGUUUACACUGCAUUAUAGUACUUGAAUGCACACAUAUAGAUGUAACUGCUGGAUGGCUUAUUAUCAUAUUUACUAGAUCCGAAGGAACUAGCAUAAUCAGAUGCUAAUAUAUUAUCAAGUGUAUUGUGUAUUUUUUCAUAGAUUUAUGGGCAUCUUUCAAUGUUAUUGAAGAGAUAUUGUUUUCUUUCUGGAAAAAAAAACAACAGAGGAAGUUUCAUUUUUGGCUGUCCUGAGAACAAAGUGUUCAAGGUGAGCUAUUGUGAUUGCCUGGUGUCAGUCAUCCUUUUUGACACUCACAGUCACAUGUUGGCUCAGUCUUCAUGAAAUUUAUAAAAUCAUACAAAUACUCAAGACUUGCCUGGGAUAAGAGCUAGAUCAUGUUAGCAAUACACGGCCUUAGGGACCCUCUUAUUUAGGGUAUCUUCCAGUGGAUUUUAUGGCCCCGAACUGUGCCAUCCAUAAAGGGAAUUUGAAGUAACUUGGCAUAAAUGUUCACCAUAAUGAGACAACGUGUCCUGCGCAAGACCCAGACCCCUAGCUCCAAGGUCAUCACAUUUAGAGGUCAAAGGUUAACAGGGUCUGUUUCGUGUCUGGUUCAUAACUGCUAUUGGUGAAGGGAUUUUAAAAUUACUUGGAUUGAAUGUUUCCCAUAAUGAGACGACGUGUCUUGCGCAAGAUCCAGACCCCUAGCUCUUCGGUCAAAGUCACACUUUCAGGUUAAAAGUUAUCAUGGUCUGUUUCUUGUCUGGUCCAUAACUCUGCCAUUGAUGAAGGGAUUUUAAAAUUACCUGGCAUAAUUGUUCCCUAUAUUGAGAUGACAUGUCAUGUGCAAGACCCAGACCCCUAGCUCCAAGGUGACCAACUUAGAAGACAAAGGUGUUUCUUGUGUGUCCAUAACCCUGCCAUUUAUCAAGGGAUUUGAAAAUAAUUUGACACAAAUCGUCGCCUGAGAACCAUAAUGUUCUCUCUGUCAUUUUGGCCAAAAUAAGUAUUGUAUACCAUUGGAAAGAUCUCGGUGAGAUCUAGGUUACAGUGACCUGGUCCUCUUUCGGGAGGCAUUUCUAUUUUUAGAUAUCAACAGAGCCUUUUUGUUCUAUCUGCAAUUUUCAUGUUUUCCUGAGAACCAAAAUGUUCUAUCUGCAUGGUAACCAACAGAUUGCUCCUAUCAAGUCAUGUGAUAUCAUAUAAAAUGGAUGAAGAAUGAAUCUGAUGUAGAAGUCAACAAGUAAAAUUGCAAAUGAAUUCUCACAUAGCAGUAGUCUAGAUGUAAGUAAUCAUUUUAAUUCCAAACUCAUACAUAUUUGUACAAUUGUUCUGCUCUAGAAAUGGCACGUUUAAUUAAAAAUUGUGAAACUGGAGUGCUGUAAUAAUUCGGAUGAGAACGUAUUUGGACAAAAGUAAUUCCCUUCGGUGUAACACUUCAAUGCUUCCUUAGAAAGCACUGAGAAAGACCAAACCAGACAGUGAAACUGCAGUCUCGGUUUAAUUGAAUUUGCUCAUAGGCAUGAUUAACAGGCAGGAACGAAAAAUGCAAAGAACAUUAUGGUUCUGAGUGGAACAGCGAUUACAUUUUGUAGAAUGUUCUAUCUGCACUAGACAGAUUUCCAGUGCGGUGUUUGAAUCAACGAUUCUUUAUAAUAUUUUAAAGCUUUCCUUAGAACUACAUAAAUAAAACACAUACCAAUUUCUGUUAGAAUUCGUCAACAAACAAAAAAGUUAUAAACCCCUGAAACUUCAAACUUGAUUUUCUCGAAAACAAGAAAAAUACACAUGGAACAUUACGGUUCUCGAGCGACGAAAUGUUAACCAUAUUGAGGUGUGUCACACUUCUGACCCAGAUUUCUCUGGUCAAGGUCCAGAAAUGAUGUGUGAGUUUUUUGCGCAGACAACUGUAGCAUUCUUGGUAGCAUUCUUGGGCAUUUGUCACCAAUAGUGACAGCUCUUCUUUUCAGUCAUAUGCCUUAGGGGAAGGGUUUCAGGGUCCUUUAGAAGGGUUGCUUUUUACAGAUAGCUGUCAGUGCAGGUUUAAAAAUAUUUAAUAUUUCAUUCUGUCAUAUUGUAUAUGAGGAUUUAUUGCUGAUGCUGCUUAUUUCAAUAUGUGCUAAUGCUGUAAAUAUUUUUAAGGGAAAUGGUACAUUUAUACUGCUUACACUCUUUUGUCUAUCUUCUUUCUCAAUAAACAUGACAGUGUUUUUCAAACAGUCGCUAAAAUGUAUGAACUAACCAACCAUAUUUGGUUAUUUAUUAUCUCCCGCCGAUGAAAUCGGGAGUGGGGUAUUGAAAAGGUGUUGUCAGUCCAUCCGUCCGUCCGCAGCCAUUUCUCAGUAACUACCUAGUAGAAUUUCAUGAAACUUGAAAUAAACAUGAACCAACAUACUGCGAUGAUGCCCGUCAAGUUUUUUUUUGAUUGGUCAAUUUCCCUUACAGUUAUUGCCUUUGAUUUAAUGAAAAAUGUCUGUCCGCAGCCAUUUCUCAGUAACUAGCAGGUAGAAUUUCAUCAAACUUGAAAUAGACAUGAACCAAGAUACUGCGAUGAUGCCCUUCAAUUUUCCUUAGAGUUAUUGUCCUUGAUUUAAUGAAAAAUGUCCGUCCGCAGCCAUUUUAGCCUAUUGGUCAAUUUUUCAUACAGUUAUUGCCCUUUAAUUGUUUAAAAAUCCACAGAUUUGUACAUAACAAACCAACUAAUUGGAAGAAUUUCAUUAAACUUCUUUCAUUCUUUUCCAUGAACAUUUAUUAUAAACAUGUGAAGUUGUGUACCCCACACCUGGUCGCCACCUUGCCUUGGUCACCCCCCCCCCCCCCCCCCCCCCCC